AUGUAUCGAAAUGACUAUCCUGUUGCAAACUUUGACAAAAUGGCAUUCGAAGGAUUCACCAAAGGAUCUGAACACUCGUUCAACGUAACAAUCAAUGACAUUCGGAAGCUGGACGGAGGCAAAUUGGUAUUCGAAGCAAAGAACGACUAUGGAGUCGACAAAUGUACCAUCCUCCUUGAUGUCCGUGAUUCUGGAUCCUUCAUAGACGACUACUCAGAAAUACAUCGAUCAGCAGAAAUCAAGGAUCCAGUUGGAGAUGUUCAAGUGAAGGAAGGAGAAACUGCCACGUUGACUGGAAAAGUUGAUGGAUAUCCACUUCCAGAAUUGAUUUGGAUUAAGAAUGGAAGAGAGAUUGAUAUGAUGGCACCAUCUACAAAAUAUCAGCUCGAUUAUCAUUCUGAUGGGGAAUUCGAAGCAAGAAUUGCUAACUGCACUUUCGAGGAUGAUGACGACUACAGUCUUCUGGUUGAAAAUCUUGCUGGAGUGGACAGUUGCAACUUCCAAGUGUUCGUUGAUUGCAAAGAAUAUCCAGAUGAUGAGCAUUUCAAUAGAAGAAGACGUCUUCAACGUGGACGUCGCGUGGUUGAAGCCUCUUCUGAUUCUGAAUUGGAUGAUGCGAAAAAGAGGAAGAAGAGAAGAACAAAGAGAGUAGUGGAAAGAAGGAAUCCUAAUGCUCCCCGUUUAACUCAACUCAUCCCUCCACGAUUUGAUAAAAUUCUUUCUGAUCAUGAUGCGAUUGUUGGCGAUAAUGUAGUAAUGAUGGUGGAGACAUUGGGAGAGCCCGAACCUCAAGUACGCUUCUAUCGGGAUGGAAAACUGAUCGGCGAUGACAGUGGCGAAAAGGUCGAAGUCCGACAUGAAGACGAAAUGAGAAAGCAUUGGUUGAUUCUAAAGGACAUUUGCAAAGACGAAGAAGCUGAAUAUGCCUGUCAAGCUAUCAAUGUAGCUGGAGAAGCAUGGUGUUUCUCUGAUGUCGUUGUCCAUUUGUCCGAAGAAUCGAGAGAUGAUGACAAGUCAAUUGAUCUUGCAGAAGAGGCAGUUUCUCAAGGCGAAAAGAGUGAAGCUGGCGAAGAUAAGACAAAACAGAGAGCUAAAAAGAAGGUUACCAAGAAGAAGGAUAGAGCAGAAACCGAAAAGCAAGAUUUGACGAAGGGAGCUGAUGAUGCCAAGCCACUCGAAUCUGAGCAGGUAUUGGAACAGGUUGAGUCUGAAACGGCUGUACAAAAGAAGACGGAUGAUGGUGACACUUUUGUUGAAAAGAAAAAAAAGAAGACAUCUGAUGUCAAAAAGGCAAAAGAGACAGACGAGGCAACUUCUGAGAAGAAGGCUGAUGAGAAAGCUAAGAAGGAGGCUGAUGCUAAACAACGAGCCGAGAAGAAAACAUUGAAACAAAAGAAGGAAGCUACUGAUGCUGCUCCGAAGACGUUGGAAGCUAAAAAGGAAACAUCGCAGGCACCAUCAUCAAGAGAAAGCACACCACCAUCAGAUGGAAAGAAGAAGAAACAGAUUCCAAAAGCAUUGUUUAUUCCUGAUGAAAUCAGUUCUCGAUUUGGAGAUCCAAGCACAAUGCAUUCAGAAACCAACAUCACAACCACAAUCCGUGGAAGAGAAGGAAGUGCUGAUGCCAAGACUCCUCUUGUUGAACCACUUUCAGCAAGCGUUUCCAUGAAGGUGGAGAGCGCUAAAGAAAAAGCCGAAUUCUCCUUCAAGAGACGUUCUGAGACUCCUGAUGAUAAGUCACGAAAGAAGGAAGGACUUCCUCCAACUAAGAAGUCUGAGAAGAAGGUAAGUCAGUAUUCGCAUGAUUGUGUUUGGAUGGUUCUCCUCUUUUUUUUUCGUUCACUCAAAAUUCAAACCAUCCAAGCGUUCUUUUUUCCGCUCGUGAUGCACGAAUCAGUCAUUCCUCGAGCACAUCCUGCUCUUAAUCCCCAAAUUCUACCCCAACGCACAAAUGCACUCUUCCCUUUUUUUAGGAUGAUGCACCGGACUACUGAUGCGGCCGUACCAUUGAAAGAUCAAAAAGAAGUCAAGUCAGAAACUGAAGUCAAAGCCAAGAAGGAUCUUGAAGCCAAGACUAAGAAGGAAGCUGAUAAUAAGGCCAAAAAGGAAGCCGAGGCUAAGACCAAGAAGGAAGCUGAUGAUAAGGCCAAGAAGAAGGCUGACGCUGAGAUCAAGAAGGAGGCUGUGACCAAGAAGGAGGCCGAUGAAAAGGCCAAGAAGGAUCUUGAAGCUAAGACAAAGAAGGAAGUCGACGAGAAUGCCGAGAAGGAAGCCGAGGCUAAGACCAAGAAGGAGGCUGAUGAUAAGGCCAAGAAGGAUCUUGAAGCUAAGACCAAAAAGGAAGCUGAAGAGAAAGCCAAGAAGGAGGCCGAGGUUAAAACCAAGAAGGAAGCUGAUGAGACGGCCAAGAAGGAGGCCGAUGCUAAGACCAAGAAGGAGGCUGAUGAUAAGGCCAAGAAGAAUCUUGAAGCUAAGACCAAAAAGGAGGCUGAAGAGAAAGCCAAGAAGGAGGCCGAGGUUAAAACCAGGAAGGAGGCUGAUGAUAAGGCCAAGAAGGAGGCCGAGGCCAAGAAGGAGGCUGAUGAUAAGACCAAAAAGGGAUCUGACGAGAAGGCCAAGAAGGAGGCCGAGGCUAAAACCAAGAAGGAGGCUGAUGAUAAAGCCAAGAAGGAGGCUGAUGAUAAGACCAAAAAGGAAUCUGACGAGAAAGCCAAGAAGGAGGCCGAGGCUAAAACCAAGAAGGAGGCUGAUGAUAAGGCCAGGAAUGAGGCCGAGGCCAAGAAGGAGGCUGAGGAUAAAGCCGAAAAGGGGGCUGAUGCCAAGACUAAGAAGGAGGCUGACGACAAGGCCAAGAAGGAGGCUGUAGCCAAGAAGGAGGCUGAUGAUAAGACCAAGAAGGAGGCUGAAGCCGAGAAGGAGGCCGAAGCCAAGACCAAGAAGGAGGCUGAUGACAAGGUCAAGAAGGAUCUUGAAGCCAAGACCAAGAAGGAAGCUGACGAAAAGGCUAAGAAGGAAGCCGAGGCUAAGAUCAAGAAGGAGGCUGAUGAUAAGGCCAGGAAUGAGGCCGAGGCCAAGAAGGAGGCUGAGGAUAAAGCCAAAAAGGAGGCUGAUGCCAAGACCAAAAAGGAGGCUGACGACAAGGCCAAGAAGGAUCUUGAAGCUAUGACCAAGAAGGAAGCUGACGAGAAGGCUAAGAAGGAAGCCGAGGCUAAGACCAAAAAGGAGGCUGACGAGAAGGCCAAGAAGGAGGCCGAGGCUAAGACCAAGAAGGAUGUCGAAGCCAAGACCAAGAAGGAGGCUGACGACAAGGCCAAGAAGGAUCUUGAAGCUAAGACCAAGAAGGAAGCUGACGAGAAGGCUAAGAAGGAAGCCGAGGCUAAGAUCAAGAAGGAGGCUGAUGAUAAGACCAAGAAGGAGGCCGAUGCCAAGACCAAGAAGGAGGCUGACGACAAGGCCAAGAAGGAUCUUGAAGCUAAGACCAAAAAGGAAGCUGACGAAAAGGCCAAGAAGGAAGCCGAGGCUAAGACUAAGAAGGAGGCUGAUGAUAAGGCCAGGAAGGAGGCCGAGGCCAAGAAGGAGGCCGAGGCCAAGAAGGAGGCUGACGACAAGGCCAAGAAGGAGGCUGUAGCCAAGAAAGUGGCUGAUGAUAAGACCAAGAAGGAGGCUGAUGAUAAGGCCAGGAAUGAGGCCGAGGCCAAGAAGGAGGCUGAGGAUAAAGCCAAAAAGGAGGAUGAUGCCAAGACCAAGAAGGAGGCUGACGACAAGGCCAAAAAGAAGGCUGACGAGAAGGCCAAUAAGGAGGCCGAGGCUAAGACCAAGAAGGAUGUCGAAGCCAAGACCAAGAAGGAGGCUGACGACAAGGCCAAGAAGGAUCUUGAAGCUAAGACCAAGAAGGAAGCUGACGAGAAGGCUAAGAAGGAAGCCGAGGCUAAGAUCAAGAAGGAGGCUGAAGCCAAGAAGGAGGCUGAUGAUAAGGCCAAGAAGGAUUCCGAGGCUAAGAACAAAAAGGAGGCUGACGAGAAGGCCAGGAAGGAGGCUGAAACCAAGAAAGAGGCUGAAGAUAAGGCCAAGAAGGAGGCUGAAACAAAGAAAGAGGCCGAGCUCGGAAAAUCUGACGAGACCAAACCGAAGAAGAGGGUUGUGAAGAAGAAAACUGAUAAAUCAGAUUCGUCGAUCAGCCAAAUAUCAUCGGCUGAUACUUCGUCGGAGUUCACUGUUCAAGAAAAACCAGCUGAAAAAGUUGAACAAUUACCUGAUGAAUCAACAUCAGCUACUAUCAAAAAGGCUGCACAACCUCAAGAACCUGAAGUAGAAAAGAAGGAACUUCUAUCCGAUGAUAAGAAGCCGGUAGAAGGAAAACCUCCAAAACCAGAAGAGUCAGAUGAAACUACCAAGAAGCGAGUUAUCAAGAAGAAAACUCAAAAGAGUGAUUCCGUGGCCAGUGAAGCAAGUCUUGCAGAUGUAUCCAAGAUCAGUGAUGAUUUGGAAGAGAAACCAAAGAAGAAGGUUCUGAAGAAGAAGACGGAGAAAUCCGAUUCCGUGAUCAGUGAAACCUCUUCUAUUGACACUGCAAAGCCAGAUACUACUGAAACUGUUGUAAAGCAGGAGGUCACUACUGAUUCUGCUAUCGAAUCAGAGGCCAAAGAAUCUACGAAGAAGGAAGAUGAACCAUCAAUUGAAGAUGUGAUGACAAGAAGAAAAUCUUCUGCUAUUUUCAGUGACGAUGAGCAAUCUAUCUCAAGCAAGACUUCUUCUGAAGGCCGACGCAGACGUCGUCGUACUGGUUUCGCCUCAACCUUCGCAUCUGAAACUCUCGCUUUGCGUGGAGAUAAUGUGGAAAUUGAAGUGGAACUUGUCGAUGAAGAAGACAAGGUGACCUGGAAGGUAAACGGAAAGGAUGCUGACUUGAAUGCAAGAUGUCAUGAAAUGACUCAUACAUUCUUCCGUACGCUUAUCAUUGAUCAAGUUGAACCUAGUGAUUCUGGCAUGGAAAUCACCGCCACAUGUGGAACAGAAUCUCAUACAACGACCCUGAAGGUUGAAGAACUUCCAGUCGACUUUGUCAAAUUCUUGCCACGUAAGACAUCUGGAAAAGAAGGACAAGAAGUCACAAUCUCCGUCACUCUUAACCAUCCAGUUGACAUCAGUAAGGUCGUUUGGCUGAAGAACGGAAAACCAUUGGAAAUCAACAAGGACUAUUCAAUUGACACUGUUGGAUGUUCAGUCUCUCUGACUCUCAGAAGAGCAAAAUAUGAAGAUAGUGGAAAGUAUACAGUUGUUUGUGAUGGUAUUGACUGCAGCACGCACCUCUCAAUUCAAGGAAAACCAGUUCUGAAAAAUGUAUCGGAGAAGAAACCGGUGAUCCUCGUUGAUAAGGAUGAUCAAUUCUCCAUUCAUGUCGCUUAUGACAGCAAUCCAGAAGCAACAUUCUCAAUGUCUGUCGAUGGAAAAGAUCUGGAAUUCGAUGGACGCAGUCGUAUCGAUGUUGUGGAUGAUGGAUUGAAAUUAACAAAACGUGGAGUUAGCAAAGAUGAUGCAGGAGAGUAUGAAGUGAAAUUGAAGAACGAGUUUGGAGAGGUUACUCAGAAGUUUGAUGUCAAGGUCAAUGACACUCCAUCUGCCCCUGGAGAUGUUUCCGUUGUAAAGGUUGAAAGUGAUUGUCUCCACAUUGAAUGGACAGCUCCAGCAGAGAACAACGGAGCAGAAGUCACUUCCUACGUCAUCGAGAAGAAAGAAAGCGGCCGAAGAAAGUUCCACAAAGUCGGAAGUGUCAAUGGAAAGAAGACGUCUCACGUCAUUGACGACCUGGAAAUCGAGACCCCGUACAUUAUUAGAAUUGCGGCUGUCAACAAGUUCGGAACCGGAGAAUUCAUCGAGACGAAGCCAGUUCAAACUGGAUCGCCAUUCCAAGUUCCAACUGUCGAAUCUCCACCAACGAUUGAGAAUGUGACAUCUACAUCUUGCUCGUUGAAUUGGCCAAAACCGACUGAUGAUGGAGGAUCGCCAGUGUAUGGAUACGAUGUUUACAAGAGAGAAAAUGGAGGUGAAUGGCAGAAGAUCAAUGGAGAUGAGCUUGUUUUCACGGAAAGCUUCAAUGUGAGAGCACUUUCCUCUGGAAAGGAAUAUGAAUUCAAGGUGGAAGCAUGCAAUGAAGCAGGACUUCGCUCCAAUUCUAAUGUUGUUUCUGAAAAGUUGAUGGUGCAAGGACUCGUUCCAGAAACGAUUCUUGACGCUCCAAUGGUCAAGGUUCUAGAUAAUGACAAGGUGGAAGUGACAUGGAAGACGGAUGGAGAGAACGAGUUCGUUGUCCAAUACAAAUCCGAUGGUUCUUCUAUUUGGGCCAGUAUUGACAUUGGAGAGGCAGCCGCGGCUACAUCGAAAUGUAUCAUUGAUGGUCUUCGCGAAGGAAUCCCAUACGUUUUCCGCGUUGCUCCACGAAAUCAACAUGGAACUGGAGAGUUCAGUGAACAAACUGUUCCAGUUGUUGUUCUUGCUGAUGAUGCUCCAAGAGUUUUGAAGGCUAUCAAGCCUGUCAAAAUUCCAAAGAAAUGUGAAUUGAGAUUGGAGUGUCAUGCUGCCGGACACCCUGCACCAGAAUACAUUUGGUAUAAGGAUGGAAAGGAAAUCAUUCCAAUGGAUAAUAACACCGAAAUCGUCAAUGAAGGAUCAAUGAGUGCAUUGAUUAUCCACGAGCUUGCUUCAGAAGAUGUUGGUCUUUACAAGGUUCUUGUCGAGAAUAUUCAUGGAACUGCUGAAUCUGAAGCCGAAGUCUCCAUCAGCGACGUUCGUGCUCACUUCAAUUCUUCAUUCUCGGAGCUCACUGAAAUUGAAGAAGGACAUGACAUCGAAUUGACUUGUGAAGUGUCGGAUGAAGAAGCAGUCGUGAACUGGUACAAGGAUGGAAAGAAACUCGUGGCCAGUGAUCGUGUCCAAUUCUAUGCGAUGGCUAGAAAGAGAACACUCCGAAUCAAGGGUUCGACUGAUGCUGACAGUGGAGUCUACAAAUGUGAAACCACUGAUGGAAGAAGUCGUGCUGAAGGAGAAGUCAUUGUCAACGAACAAGAACCACAUAUUCUUGUUGGGCCUCAAGAUGCUAUUGUCAAAACCUUUGGAGAGACCAUGGUUCUUUUCUGUGAGACAUCAAAGCCAGUCCGUAAAGUUAAAUGGUUCAAGAACGGAGUUGAGAUUUGGCCACAGAUGAAUAAGGCUGUGAUGGAUUCGGAUGGAAAACGUGCCACUUUAGAGAUCAAGAACUUCGACAAGCAUGAUAUUGGAGCUUACACAGCUUCAGUAUCAGACAAAGAAACAUCUGCUCCAGCCAAACUUGCAUUCGAAGUAGCUCCAAGCUUGACGAUUCCAGAGGAGAUUCGUGAAGGAGUCACAGUACAUGCUGGAAAUGAAUUCGACUUUACUGUUGCAUUCACUGGAUUCCCAGUUCCAACAAUUCAUAUGGCUAACAAUGGAACACCAAUCAAGGCAAUCGCUACAGUCACCGAGUAUGACGAUUCGAUCAGUGUCAGAAUGAAGAACGUAACACUUGACAACUCUGGAAUCGUACGCGUCAUUGCUGAAAGUCCAUUAGGUCAAUGUGUCAAGGAGAUCGCACUGAAGAUCAUCGAUAAACCAUCUGAACCACUCGAUUUGCAAUUCAAGGAUGUCACCGAAGAUAGUGUAUUCCUCUCUUGGCAACCACCAGUUGAAACAAAUGGCGCUCCACUUACAGGAUAUGUGAUUGAAAGAAAGGGAGUUGACAACAACCGCUGGAGACCAUGUGGGCAUGUUGAACCAACAAAACUCACCUUCGUUGCUGAGGAUCUCUUCUGUAAUCAAGUUUACGGAUUCAGAAUUCUUGCUGUCAAUGAAGUUGGAGAAUCUGAGCCAUGCGAAACUGUUGAUGUUCUAACUUUGGAGAGUUCAGAAGCCGUUAGCGAGUCAUCUGAAUUGUUCAUUCCAAAGAUUGCUAUUCUCACGACCCCACAGGUUACUGUUGCUGCGGAUGGAACGAAGGUCACAUUGAGAUGGGAUGAAUGUCCAGAGACCAGUCUAUAUAAGAUCGAAAGAAAGAAGGUUGGAGAGUCAGAAUGGUUAGAGAUUGCUAACACCGACAGAAACAAGUUCAAGGAUCGUUCGCUUACUGAAUCUGGAGAGUACACCUAUCAAGUCACUGCCACCGGAAUUCAUGCUGUUUCCAGUCCAAGUGAAGAAACGGAACCAGUCAAGAUUCUAGUCCCAGGAUCCGAAAUGCCAGAAAUAAAGGCGGAAAAGAAAUCGGAAGCUGUAGAUGAUUCGAAGACAACUGUUUCGACUGAAAAGCCCAAAGAUUCUGCAGAUUUAGCAUCCGAAGCUGUGGAAGAGAAGAAGACGAAGAAGGUGACCAAAAAGAAAGUUCCAGAAAACAAAGGCGAAGAGACUCUUCAAGAAGUUAAGGAGAAGUUGAAAAAAGGAAAAGCUGUUGAAAAAGUUCAAGAUGAGUCGAGAAGAGGAUCACUUCAAACUUCUGAUGCCGAAUCUGUAACUACUGCUUCUGAAAAAAAAGCUGAAUCCGAAGCUGAGAAGAGUGCCAAGAAAACCGAUGAAAAAACUGGAAAAUCUGACGCACCGGAGAAGACCGCAGAGAAAUCGGAAGCUGAGAGGUCAGCCACAGAGAAAGAUUCGACUGAAAAGAAGAAGAAAGUUGUGAAGAAGGUUGCUAAGAAGGGUCUUGUCAAAGCUGAUAAGUCGAAAGUGGAAUUAAUUUCUGGAAAAACUGGAGAGAUUUCCGCUCAUGUCGCCGAAACUGCCGUUUCAGUUGAAUGGAAGAAAGACGGAAAAGCCCUUGAUGCUUCCUAUACUGUCACCAAUCAAGGAGGUGUUUCAACUGUCAAGAUCCCAACAGUUGAUGUCAACGCAUCAGGACAAUUCACAUGCAAAGUGAAGUCAUCUGAAGGAGAUGAGGAAGAAGUGUCCAUUGCGGUCACUGUUAAACUCCCAGAAAUUCCAAAAGUUGAAGCUGAGCAAUCUGUUGUUGAAGUGAAAGUUGGCGACACUGCAAAAUUAUCUGCCAAGAUUUCCGAGCCUGCCACUUCUGUAAACUGGACCAAAGACGACAAACCCGUUCAAGAGGAUGGAAAUGUGAAAUCUCAGAUUUCUGCCGACGGAACGGCUCAGUUGACAAUCAACAAGACUGAUUCAGGACAUGCUGGUAUCUACAAGCUCAAUGUAGAAAAUGAAGCUGGAAAAGGAAAAGUCGAGAUUGCACUUCGCAUAAAGGGAGCUGCUAAAGGAGCACCAGGAAUUCCCACCGGACCGAUUGUCUAUGAUGAUGUUACUGAAAACACUGCAGAGUUCAGCUGGAAAGCACCAGAAAAUAAUGGAGGAUGUGAUAUCACCGAAUAUAAUGUCGAAAGGAAAGAAUCAAAGAACAAAGGAUGGAAACAAUGUGGAAAGACCAAGGAGUUGAAGUUCAAGGUUGAUGGUUUGGAAGCUGAUACUUCGUAUGAUGUGAAAGUUUCUGCUAUCAAUACUAUGGGAACUGGUGUAGCUUUGGAAGGAAAAUUGAACACUUUGAAGAAGGCAACUGAAAAGAAAGUGGAGAAAGUUGAAAUCAAAGAGGAGAAAUCUGAAGAAAAGGAACAGAAGACGUCCGAUUUGAAGCCAAUUGGAAAACCAGAACUCACUUCUUCCACUGCCACAUCAAUUGCUCUGAAAUGGGCAUCUGACAAUGAUGACGUCACCUACACAGUUCAGAUGAAAGAAUCGAAUUCCAAACGUCCAUGGUCUGUUGCUGUUAAAGAAUGUUCUGAAUGUGCUGCUACGAUUGCUCAACUCAAAGAAGGAACCACAUAUCUGUUCCGUGUUAUUGCUCAAAACAAAGCUGGCCAAACUGUAACGUCAGAGCAAAGUGAAGCUAUUGAAUGCAAGGAUACUAAAGAAUCCCAAAAGCCUGCGAUCACAUCUGCUCCAGCCGACUUGACAGCUAUCAAAAACACAAAGAGUAAAAUAACAGCAGAGUUCACCGGACACCCAUCUCCAGAAGUUCAUUGGUUCAAAAACAAGAAGGAAAUAUUCUCUGGAAAAAGACAGUGGAUUGAGAAUGUAUCUGGAGUUAGUUCGUUGACGAUUGGAGAGAUGAGAGAAGACGACGAAGGU